AUGGGAACCUUGUUCCUGGACCAUAUCAAAAACAAGGCAUCAAAUUUUCUACUAGAGAAAUACAAAACUGCUAGGCUGACUUUUACUGAUGUUACUCAAGUUGAACUGUUGGCUGAGGAAGCAACAAAUGGAGAUCCAUGUAGCCCGGAUGCUAAAACAAUGACUCAAAUAGCUGCUGCCUCCUUUGAGAUGGAUGACUAUUGGAGAGUUGUUGAUAUCCUUCACCGAAGGUUAUAUAACAUAGAUUGGAAAGAAUGGAGGCAAUCCUACAAAGCAUUGGUACUUCUGGAGUUCUUACUAACACAUGGUCCUGAAGAGUUUGCUGACGAAUUUCAAUGCGAUAUCGAUGUCGUCCAAGAGCUGGGAACCUUUAAAUACAUAGAUAAGACAGGAUUCAAUUGGGGUGUUUGCAUGCAAAAGAAAUCAGACCAAAUCCAAAACCUUCUAGGAGGAGGACAACCACUCAGAGAAGCACGUUUGAAAGCUCUCAGAAUAACAAAUGAAAUCCAAGGGUUUGGAAGCGCAACGCCUUCUCCUUCAUCCUUAACUCCUUCCUCUUCAUCAUCUUCCGAAGCAUCAAGAGCAUCGUUUGCCUCAUUUUCUACCACAAGUUCUGUAUGGAAUGACAUGAAUGAGCUUAGCAAGGGUUACCAAGAACCAUCACCCACAAAGUUAGAAGCCAUGGAGAGCCAUUCACCGGGUGGAAUACGUAAUGAUUACGAUAACAAGACUUGCAAUUUCCUAGCAAGUACAAGUGAAAAUAUUGAAGGACAGCUUUGGGGUUGCCCUCCAAUCCAAGAAAAAGGCUCGUUGCUCGAAUCCAAAGACGAAGAGGAUGCAGAUGAUUAUGAUGAUUUAGAGUAUUUUGAGAAGGCACCAGAUGGUAAUUUUAUAAGUGGGAUGUUCUCAAAGCUGGUUAACAUUAGUCCUCCAAGAGCUCAUGGUAAGAAAGUUGGGUUUAGGAGUGUUUCUGGUGUGGGAAGGGAGGGCAAGAAAAGGUUUGAUCGCCAAUAUUCGCUUUGGUAUUGA